AUGGUGCCUACAUUUAUUAAGAGAAUGGAGCCAUUCUUCACCCUCCGAAAUAAGCUUCCGCUCCAGAUCGUCCAGGUCAUUCUCAUCAUCGCGGUCAUUUCCCUAUCUGGUGCACGACUUCUACUGCCCAACAGACCUCCCGGUCGCUCCACUACUAUGGGCCUUGGCAUGGGUGCGAAGUCUCUCAUCAUCAUUUCUUACGAAAUACUUUCCGAACAUGUCAGCGGUUUGCGACGCUGGAGAAGCCUCAAGGCUUAUUUCAUCCUUAACGCUAUGGAAGUCGUCUUUUGGGCUGCGGUUGCUUUUAUGAUGAUUCGCGGAAAUUCCAGUGUCUGUAUUGGAACAAGCUGUGCCCUUGGCUGGGUUGUAUUUGUACUGGCCGGUAUUCUUAGCCCCCUCGCAAAAUACCUUGCUGUCGUAUGCUAUUUGGAUUGGCGAUUCGAAAAGAAGCACGGCGUCCAUCGUGGCUCGAGCUUGACCAAGGACCAGGCUGAGCCAUUCAGCACACUUCGCUCACAAGGCUCGGUUCGAGUUUAA